AUGCUAACGUUGGUUAGGUUCGUACCCAACAUCUUCGCAGACGAGUAUGGGGCUAUGACCUGCCAAAUCCCGAACAUCAUCAUCAGCACCGGCCUCGUCUUCACCCUCCUGGGUAUCAAGACUCAGUCGGGGGUGAUCGCCUUCUGCCUCCUGUACGGGUUCUUCUCGGGGGCUCUGAUCAGCUUGUACCCACCCAUAGCAGCUGCCUUCGCCGAUAGUAUGGCCGAAGUCGGGAUACGCAUGGGCGUGACAUUCUUUUCCUUCGCCGUAGCAUGCCUGGCUGGCAGCCCUAUAGUUGGCGCUCUGAUCGGGUACGGGCCCUACGCAUGGUGGAAAGGGAUCGUUUUCUCUGGGGUACGUUCUGUCGCAUAUUCUCCCCCGCACGCGUGUGACUUACUUGUGGCAGGCAGGUGGGGUUACCAGAAGAAAGGGCUCACAUGGGUGUAG